CUCUCACGUUGAGGAUAGAGAGAGAAAGGGGAGAAACAAGAAGAAGGGCACACGAGGAAGAAAAAGGAAGGGGAGUAGCAAAACGACCAUGGCAAUAUCCGAAACCUCUCAGCUUGAGAUAGUGUCCGAUCACAGCACACCUCCACCACCACCGCCGAGCACUGCACGGAGCAUGCAGCCGCACAAUAAACAGAGUCCAGAUGAAUGAGGAGCUACCUACCUGGGCCGUGGACAAAAUGAGGGUCAUCUUCAUCCAGAACGCCGGUUUCGUCGCAGCUUUCUCGCCUUUUAGAUGUGAGUCGGUGAUGUUGGCAGCGUUUAGGACGACAGAUAGUGUGAGCGAGCCAGUAUUAUCCACAGCUAGAUCAUGCCAGUCAAUGGAGGUGUGAGGGGAUAUUAUCUAGUAUUUCUUAUUCUUUCAUUGGGAUACAACUUGCACGUUCAUUAUAGCCAAUCUAUCAUCUUUAAAUCGAAGGUGUCUCCAGCUUUAGGCUUGGAUAUCUGAAUAUUUCAUUACAAUAUUUGAACUAGCCUAUAAUUAUUAUUAUUAUUAUUGUGUUAUCCAGUGAUAUAUGAUUAUGUAUCAAGUAAUUUUAAAUCCAUAAUGUCAUUUAAGACUUUUUGUGCUUCAUCCAUAAUGGAUUGAUUAUAUAUCAUUAAUACCAUGAUAAGGUAGAAGUAGAGAUCUGUUCACUUUGAUCAAAUCCUUUUGAUCAACAAGACAAUCUGGAAAUGUUAGUUUCCACAUAGAACAAUAUGACUAGUAGGUUACGCGUUAUUCCUUGUAAUUUAUUUAUUUAUUAAUACUAUUAUUAGACCUAUAAGUAUUAUAUUAUCGAUUUCCUUAAGGUAGCUAGUUUGACAUAUUUAACAGUGGGAAGAUUGUUUAUACACUUCUCCAGUGAGAUGGAAACCGCUUAUUUAUCGCCCCACCGGGGGGCAUCGCGUCCCGGGGCCCAGAGAGGUCAAACUACCGCGGGUAAACCGGCUGCUGGGGGAGAUCUCUCUCCUCCACCUCAGACUCCAGCUCCACCCCUGCCUGCCGGUAGCUCACCUGAGGGAACACCGGCAAGCAGUGAUGGACGGAGAAACUCGGGCGUGAAGAAACACCACCAUAAACACAACCUGAAACACCGCUACGAGCUGCUGGAGACCCUGGGAAGAGGCACGUAUGGCAAAGUGAAGAAGGCCAUAGAGCGGCACUCCGGCAGAGAGGUGGCUAUCAAGUCCAUUCGGAAGGAGAAGAUCAAAGAUGACCAGGACAUGGUUCACAUCCGCCGGGAGAUUGAGAUCAUGUCAUCCCUCCGCCACCCACACAUCAUUUCAAUAUAUGAAGUGUUUGAGAACAAGGACAAGAUCGUGAUUGUGAUGGAGUACGCCAGCAAGGGCGAGCUGUAUGACUAUAUCAGCGAGCGGCGGCGCCUGAGCGAGCGGGAGACGAGACACUUCUUCAGACAGAUAGUCUCUGCUGUGCACCACUGUCACAAGAACGGGGUGGUGCACAGGGAUCUGAAACUGGAAAAUGUGCUACUGGAUGAAAACUGUAAUAUUAAGAUUGCUGAUUUCGGGUUGUCCAAUCUUUACCACAAGGACAAGCUGCUGCAAACCUUCUGUGGCAGCCCGCUUUACGCUUCACCAGAGAUCGUCAAUGGGAGACCGUACCGAGGCCCAGAGGUGGACAGUUGGGCUCUGGGGGUGCUGCUGUAUACCCUGGUCUAUGGGACCAUGCCAUUUGAUGGGGGCGACCACAGGAACCUCAUUCGCCAGAUUAGCAACGGCGAGUACAAAGAGCCUACUCAGUCCUCAGACGCACGUGGACUGAUUCGUUGGAUGCUGAUGGUGAACCCUGAGCGCAGGGCCACAGUGGAAGACAUCGCCAACCACUGGUGGGUGAACUGGGGAUGGAAGAACAGUGUGUGUGACUGCGAGACGCAACGUGACCACGGCGGCUCGCCCAUGCUGGCCCGCUUCAUCGACUGGCAGAACCGCACUGAGCCACGUGGUUCUGGAGCCAAGGCUGCUGUCAUGCCCCAGCUGCUACGCCAGAGGCCCAAAAAGUCCAAGAAGGAGAAUGUGGAGGCGGGACAGACCCACUGUGGAGCUGAGGACAAGCCGGGUCUGAAGAGACCUAAGGGGAUCCUUAAGACCAGGGUGACUGAUCAGCAGCAGUCUGCCAGUCUAGAAGAGUUGGAGUUGGGUCAGGUGGUGAUGCCUAGAAGCGCUGAAGAUGGGGAGGAGGCCUCAAGUCCAGAUCAAGAGGAAGAGGAGCCAGCUCUUGGUGAAGGCUCGCCAGCUAAGAUGGUGCCUACUCUACCAAAGAAAGGCAUCUUGAAGAACAACCAGCAGCGGGAAUCAGGGUACUACUCCUCGCCAGAGCGCAGCGAGUCCUCCGAGCUGUUAGGGGGCACCAGUAUGUCAUUACUAGCAACCUCACCGCCUAAAAGAGCAAUGGGAAGAAAAGGCAUCUUAAAGCGAAAUGGCAAGUACUCCACCUACAGCGGGCCUCCGUCAGCAGCAGCAGUUGCAGGAGUCCUCGGCGAGCCUCCUCCCUCUACCGACUCCGGUCUGUCUCGCAGUCAGAGUCGGCCUUCCAGCAUUGUUGGGGAGGACAGCUCCGUCCUGUCCCUGUCGCCCACCUCCUUAGGCGGGGCCGAGUGGCACCCCUCAACACCCCACCUCCGCCCGAACAUCAGGGCCUGCGUCUCAGCGGAAAACCUUCUGCAGCUCGCCAACUUCAAGGGCUUCCAGGCAGCGCCGCCGCUCCAGGGACCCAAGUUCGGCCGUGGCCCCAGAUCGAAAGGCUCCCCGACGGACAAUGGCAGCUUCUCCUUGCUGGGAGACCUGGAGGACAUGACUCAGGUGUACCAGCAAGCCCUGGACAUCAGCAGCAACCUCACCUAACAGACUGGGGGCAGAGAGAGAAAGCAGAGGGGAUUGAACAUGACUGCGUGUGUGGAUGUGUGUGCACAGAUGUAUUUCGAUGGUUUUAACGACCAGUGUGUUACUGGGAUUUACCUUUUGGGAGGUUGUGGUUUUCCAUAUGAGGCUGAAAUCUUGUUGGAAAUGAUACGUCUACACACACUUGUACACACUAAGGUGCACUUCUCUGGUCAAAAGAAAUUUAGUGAGAGAGAAGGAUCUGGCAUGAGAAAUGCCACCCAGUCUGCUUUCUUGGCCCGCCCAUAGACUUUGCUGUGUUCAACAUGUUUACAUAUUCAGCAAGAAGGCAAGUUAGAAUCACAAACGCAGCAACCAGAAACUGGUUGUAUGCCACCAAUCUUGAGUUUAAGUUUACAAAAGCACCUUAAAACUCACACAGAGCACAUGCUUUUGUGAUCUUUACUUCCUUCAAAAAAAAAAAGAAACAAACCAGGGUCUUGUUCCAUAAAUAACUGACGUUGCUGAUUAUUUAUUAAUAUUUUUUUAGCUUUUAGUUUUAAGUGCAAAACUGGUGGGCGCUGGCUUGUUACUGGAAGAGUCCAAACUCUUUGUGUGGAACUGACAUAUAUAAUUAUGUUACUCAGCGAUAAUGGGAAACAUAUACAUACUCAACAUAUAUAAGUCUGUCUGCGCUUGUAAAGCACGCAGGCAAAUAUACCUUCAUAAAUGCAUAUCUCCUAUAUAUGUGUAUGAUACUUGGGAAUAUGUAGGAAGUGCCUUUUUGAUUCAUAAUAAAAAUUAUGUAUGUCAUUUCCUUAAAGUGGAGGGAAAAGCCAGGCCAACCUGUCACCAGUUGUGCUUUUUUUUUCUGAUGUUAUUUGUGAAUGUGGAGAGACCCAGGGCCUUGUGCACACAAGCUUUACAUGUUUCAGGGGUCAAAGGUCAAGCUCAGACAGUAGAGAUCAAACAGCCUUGUCUCUGCCCUCCUUUAAGAAUCACACACAGACAUCUCCUGGAAAAAAAGACCUCCUCUGUGUUCUUUGUCAGUAUUUAAGCCCAGAGUUUGGUUUGUCAGCUGUUUAGGUGGCUUGGCUGAGCACAGAUUUGCUGGCAGCACCCGAGGGUCUGGAGGGACUCACCUAGAGGGACACUUAGCGAAGGGAGAUGGCGCAGACACCAUCUCACAGUCCUGGAAUGUGCCUGGCUCUCUUAAUCUUGUUUUGUUUUUUUCUCAUAUUUUUGGAGGCUACCUGAUAAAAACAGCCUGUUUAGUGAGACAUUCAGUUGUGUCUAUUGUUCUUUUUCUUUACCAAAGACAUAUAGUUGUUUUUUUUCAUUGCCAGGCUCCUUAAUAUUCAACCCAUACCCCUUCAAAAAGAGCUAAGUAAGGCGCUUUGUUAAAGCCUGCUGAUGACACAGCGAAUUCCUCAGACAAAGGGUGGAGACGUGUUGGUGCUAGAGAUCUCUAUCAGCACCAGCCAGACUCAGCACAGGUGGGAUCUGUGGUGCGUGCUCAGCCCUCCAGCUGUGUAUACUAGUCCAUUAUGUCAACCAAGCACAAUUAGCCAACUAUUGUUUUCAUUUGACAGUAAAAGAGGGAGGGAGCAUGUAGAGAUUUAUAGCUAGAGGGAGACAGAAAGUGUGUAAAAAAAAAGUGGUGCGUGGGAAGGUGUUGAGUUUAGAGAGGACUUUUCUGUCGCUUGCAGAAAAGGUCAAGGAGGUAGAUUUGUGUUUUGAAGGAAUUGUAAUGUAGAGUAGUGAAAGUAAAGAAAGUGAGUAGAAAGAGUAGAUGGAACGUUUUUAUUUGGUACCAAAGAUAUGUGAAGCUUUGGAAAGGAUGGGUCAGGGAUAAAGAAAGUCUCUUAUUGUUUUUUUUCUACAAAGUUAGAACCCCCAUUGGUGAAUGAAAUCAUCCCCACGUUGGCUUUACAUCACGUUUGUUUAUUUUCUCUUUUUUGGGCUUUUAUUUGAGAUGCUGGAGGCUGUUGAUACAGCUUGUCUUGAGGGUCAGUCAGUAUAUGACACUUGAGUUCUGCAUGGCCUUAGAAAGUGUGUUACACUUUUCAACUGCAGCGAAAAGGUGGGAGAACGGUGUCUGACAUCAUCCAAAAUAUCAAAUGAUGUGGAUGGAAAAGCAUGCAGGAGGUGACCCGGAGUAAAAAGAUCACAUGUUGAAUGUUUUCAGUGGUUCUCUGGUGUGAAGGAAAAGGUCCUGGGUACUGGUUCAAAUGAAAGACCCGCUGCGUAUUAUAUUGCAUUUAAUUGCCUUUUUGUAUUGCAUUUUUAUUGUCAACUGGAUUUACAGUGAAAAAAUUAUACUAUGUUAGUAUUUUGUUUUAUUAUGCUUCUGUUUUUGAUUUUCCAAAAUAUAAGAAACUUUAUAUUGCUUUAUGUUAUGGCAGAAAAAUACUUCCUUCCUUGAAGUAUUAGAAACCUUCAAAUCUGAUGUCUAUACAGUAGGGAAACCCCAUUUACAACUUCUCAAUGGCAAAAACAACCUUAGUUAAUUCACUAGAAUAAGGCAGUAUGCAAGAAAAUGUACUAAAAUACCAAAAUCUGACAUUAACAAAGAUGCAUUCCCACCAUUUACUAAGCAGGGGAGAUUCAAAAUGGUAAGAUAAUUUGAAAAUAAAGCGAUGAAAAGAAUCUAAAAGUUAAACUCUGCCCAACUGGAAACAAGUGGUGCAAAUCUGUUAGAAGAAAGUCUAAACAUAGGAAAACUUGACUGGAUAUUGUUAUGACAAUAAUAAUAAUAAUGAUAAUAAUAAUAAUAAUAAAUUAGUAUUAUUAUGUUAUUUAAGUAUUAUUUUUCGUAAUGGCUCAUUACUUUUGUCGGCUAUUGCCACAGUUGGUUUUCUUUUUUUGUCUGUUGGUGAUCCUGGACUGCCAAGGUGGAUUAAGCUGCGUGCCUUUGGUAUUUUUUAUGAUUUUUUUUUCCUUUUUUUUUUUUUUUCUUUGAUAUUGAAAACUAUUACCAAUGUGUUUUAUACUUUGUAUUUAUUGGUGAUAAAGCCAUUAAAUUUGUUGUCAAAAUACUCCCUGUCCACGCUUUGGUCUGCUCUGGACUGUGUGUUGUGUUCAGGACAAACUGCACAAAAACAAAUCUCAGUUGUUUGUUCCAAAUAGAGUGGUAUCAUCUCAUUGUGAAAGCAGUGGCCAAGUGUGUUUUCAAGAGUAAAAAAACAGUAAGAGUUUUUCAAAUCCUGUAAAAUGUCUUAAUUCAUCCAGACGGGUGUAUUUCUACUCAACACAAUGCCUCUGUAGUACUGUAUCAAAUAAAUGGAUCUGGAAAGUUA